AUGAUAUUUCGGAUUCUAUCGCCAGCCUUACGCACAAAUAUGUCAUCGCAUUUGAAUGAAAACUCUGAUAGCUCACAGUUUGUACCGUUUACUAAAUCUGAACGUAUUCAACAGCUUAACGAUAUUGAUAAGAGCAUGAAUCAGCUUCUAAAAUCAGCUGGUCUCGCGAUUCAAACACUUUCUGUCAAACAACCUUCACCUUCAUUGACAAAUUCCGAACGACGUCAGAAAUUUGAAGAGAACUGUAAUACUUAUCUGUGCACCCUACAGAUCAUUGAUAUUGGCCUUCAUAGACAAAUAUAUGGUCUGGAACAAGCAGGCAUAAUACCGGCUGAAAAAACCAAAAAAGAAAGGUCAUCAACUGAGGCGUUCAUGACCGUUAGUGCAGCUAAUCGUUCUAUGGAGAGAGAUUCCUUGCAAGCCGAAGGGGGAAUGGGAAAAUUCGAUAUUGGCCUCUUAAAUAGUCAGAGCGGACGAAUACAAAGGGAUUUGGAGGCUGAGCUGUGGGAAAAGGCUAGAUGCUUGCUGGAAGAGCUUUAUCAAAAAAGUGAGAGCCUAGGGGCGCUUGAAGAUGUUGACAUGAUAAUAUAG